GCGUAGGUAUCUACUGGAAAAACAACAAAAAUACACAAGAAUUUUCCCCAAAAAAGCUGAAAUAAGAUUUUUUAUAUACAACGCGCGUUUAAAUUGAAAUAAAAUUGGAAAAAUACAAAAAAAGUGUUAAAAGUUGAAGUGAAAAUAGUUCUGAAUGAAGAAUUGUUAUUCGAGGAUAAUAAAAGAUAAAAAAUUUUAUUUAUAAUAAAGAAAAUAAUAAAAAACAGGUGAAUUCCAAAAAAAUGCAACAACAAAAUUAAAUAAAGAACAGUGAUCAUAAAUAGUAAUCUUGAUAAAGAUAGUUUUGUUUAUUUAGAUAAAAAAGAAAGAAAAUAAUAAUUUAAUUACAAGUUUUAUAAAAAAAAUUAAAGAAAAAGUGAAAAAAAUUAUAUGUAUAUUUGCCUAAAUACACAACUUAAUUGAAAGCGUCUGGAGUCUGCAAUUCUUUCUUUUUCUUUUUUGUGAGUUUUUGCAGCCACCGUGUUCCUCUUGGCCUGAGUGUAUGUGUGUUGUGUAUGUAUAUUGCUGCAUUAUUUUCUUCCGAAAUCUAUAAUUUCCCAUCCCUGUGGAGCUACAAUAUUGCUUGUGCCGAUAACACAACACAUAACAGCCCCAGUAUCGUAUUAUUUGCUGUUAAACACCUCAGCCAGUGCGCGUUUGGCAUUCGUUAACGUUAGAGGUGUGUGUGAAAAAAUAUAACUGAUAAAAAAAGCAUAUAAAAUUCUACUUUUUUUCUUAAACUCAGCAGAAAUUUCUUACAGAAAAAUUAAAGAAAAUUUUUAAGAAAAAAAAAUAUACUCUAAAUAAAAUUUAAAACAAAUGCUAGAAAAACAAAAAGCUAAAAUUUUAAUUAAUUAAAAAAAAAAAUAAAAAAGCCAACAAGAGCCAUGGCUGCUUUACCUUUAACUUUAGAUACUAAAGGUGUUAAUGAAACCUUAAAUCUAACAAAUCCUUUAACACCACCACAUUUAAAUGAUUCAUCGUCAAGUAUUAAUGCCGCCGCAUCUUCAGGCAAUGACAUUAUGACAACACCAGAACGUCCCUCUAAUUUAAUAAUCGAAAAAACACCACCACAACAACUACAACAGCAACAACAACAUUCCAUUACUACACCAAGUAGUAAUCUAUCACCUGCUCUUAGUUUAGCUGGCAGUUUAUCGCCAUCAACUUCAACAUCAUUUCUACCCGAGAUGCCACAAUGGAAACGUGACCUCAUACAAAGACGUAAACAAAAUGUACAACGUACAAUAAGUGCUUCAUCACCAUCACCAACAGCCUUGUCAUCAACAUCGCCAACAACAUUGGCUCUGGCUCUUGGCGGUUUAAAAAACUCUAUAUCUUCAUCAUCUGUGCGUUCAUUAGCCGGUAGUAAUACUAAUAUUGACCAACUUGCAUCAGGUGAGUAGUGGUAAAACAGCUAACCAACAACUUU